GCAUUCAGUGCGGCAUCGUAACGGUUUGCGAGCGUAACGCAAAGGGUUCGCCGCACGCGGGCAGCUUUGACAGCGCCAACCGACAAUAACACCGCGGUGCGUACCCAUUAGCACGUGCACUCAAUGUGCGAGCCGAUUUGUUGUCGUUCAAAGCAGUGCAGAUUUGUUUUGCCUCGGUAAGUUAAGCCUCCAGCAGCAAAUCGAUCGAGAUGACGGACUGCGUUGAGAUCGCGCUGACGAGCGAUACCGCCGCCCAGCACUGGAGCUGCUGCGUCUGGGACGUGCGCACCGGCACGCAGCUGAUGACCUACCGGAACGGUGGGCCGGCCGGGCCGAACACGCUGCACCCGGUCGGCAAUCAGUGCGUGGUGGCCGGCAACCUCACCAAACCGCUGCUCACGUUCUGGCCGAUCAACCGCCAGGAGCCGUCCCACGUGAAGUACAUGCUGCCCGGGCCGCCCGGCGCGGUGGCCGUCUCGCCCGACGGCAACCACUGUCUCGUCGCACACGGGCACUCCUUCACGCUCUACAGCCUGCCCACCGGGGCCAGCCUGGCCUCGAUCGCGCACCACUACGGCAAGGUGACGGUGCUGCGGUUCACCGACGACGGGUCGCACUUUGUCAGCGCCGGCCAGGACUGUCGGGUGGUGGUGUGGAGUUUGGCCCGCACCGUCCAGCAGAAGGACGCGGGCCGGAUGCUGUACGAGCUGGCCGACUUCACGCUGCCCGUGUCGGACGUGCUGGUGGGAAAGGGCGGCCUGAAGGCGCUGCUUGCCGCCGUCUCGCUCGACCGGUCGGCCAAGCUGUACGAGCUCGGCACCGGGCGGCUCCUGCUAAGCGUCCUCUUCCCCGUCGCCCUGUCCGCGGUCGCACUGAACGCGCUCGAGUCGGAGCUGUUCGUGGGCGACCGGAAGGGGCUGGUGUACGCGUGCAAUCUGCAAUCGGUGCCGCGGUCGCGCGAGGUCCACCUGCAGCAGGACGUGCUCGAGCGGUGCGUGUUCCGGGGGCACCGGAAAGCCGUCACCUGCCUGUCCGUGUCGCUCGACAACGAAACGCUGCUGUCCGGCAGCGAGGACGAGUCCGUGAUCGUGUGGCACGUGCGGACGCGCCAGCAGCUGCGGGUGAUACCGCACCGGGCGCCCGUCACCAACGCGUUCUUUCUCGUGACGCCGCGCGCCAUGUUCGAGCAGACGCGCGACCUGCCGGUCCCGUACCCGCCGUUCCAGAAGGUGGUCUGCACGCGGCAGGACCGAGAGCGGGCCGUCUUCCUGCUGCCGGCCCAGAAGCGUUCGCUCCGGGAGCGGUCCGAGGAGGGACCGGCGCCGGUGGCUGUUGGCGGCAUCAGCAGCAGCAGCAAGGGGACGGAGAUCGAGGUGCUGGAGCAGGAGGUGCAGCGGCUGAAGGCGAUCAAUCGGCGGCUGUACCAGCAGAGCAUCCGGGCGAUCACGAACGAGGCGGAGCCGUCAGUCGAUCACGCCGUACUGCUGGCCGACGAUGACCAGAUCCGGGUAGAUGAAGGAGACGCACUGGACCGCGCCACCGUCCGGGUCGCGGAUCGUCCGGAUCACCUUGCCCGCAUCGCCCGCCACCAUGUUCACGGUGCCAUCCUCGCCCCCGGUCACCAGGUACUGGUCGAAGGCGGACACGCCGGGCGCAUCUUUCCGGCCGAUCGAGCUACACCGCACCACUCAGUUUGCAUCGUGAAGUGGUGCAGUUUAGAAAGCGACAUGAAUCGUUGCUGGCAAUGGUGUGCCGUGUUGGUGUUGGUCUAUGCUGCCCACUGCCAGGGCUACAUCACGACGGGCAUGCCGACGCUGAUUGAGCGGGACCGGGACCCGGUCGCAUCGUUUCCGUACCCGCUGCGGCAGGCACUGGGGCAGCGUCCGUCGCCCCCACCGUACAACGGUACCGAGCAGGAGCCGGGCGACGAGCUCAAGUUUCCGGCAAACUUUCUGUUCGGUGCCGCCACCGCGGCGUACCAAAUCGAGGGCGCCUGGAACGUGGACGGCAAGGGCCCGAGCGUGUGGGACACGCUGACCCACGCCCAUCCGGAGCUGGUAGUGGACGGGGCCACCGGUGACCGGGCGGCCGACUCGUACCGCCUCUACAGAAGCGACGUCGAGGCGCUGGGGAAGGUCGGGUUCAACUACUACCGCUUCUCGAUCGCCUGGUCCCGGCUGCUGCCCCGGGGCGACCAGUCCUCCCUCAACCAGGGUGCGGUCCGCUACUACAACGCGCUAAUCAACGAGCUGCUGGCGCACGGGAUCGAACCGGUCGUGACGAUGCUGCACUACGAUCUGCCCCAGUACCUGCAGAACCUGGGCGGGUUCGCGUCGCCACUGAUCGUGGACUACUUUCGCGAGUACGCCGACACGCUGUUCUGGAAUUUCGGUGAUCGGGUGAAGGUUUGGAUCACGCACAACGAACCGUACGACUUUUGCGUGGAGGGAUACGGGACGGGCAGUACCGGGCCGCUCGUGUACGCGACCGGCGUCGGCGAAUAUCUGUGCGCCCAUCACGUGCUGCUGAGCCACGCGGCCGCCUACCAGCUGUACAAGGAGCGGUACCGGUCGCAGCAGCGGGGAAAGAUCGGCAUAACGCUCAGCGGACGUUACUACUAUCCUGCCACUAACGUCACGCCGUACGAUACCGUCGAGCGUGCCCUACUGUUUCAGAUCGGUUGGUUUGCCGAGCCACUGUUCGGCGAGGACGGCAACUAUCCCGGCGUGAUGGUGGACGAGAUCGGCCACAACAGCGCACUGGAGCGCCGGUCCCAUUCCCGCCUGCCCAGCUUUACCAGCGCGGAGCGGCUGCUGGUCCGGGGCAGUGCGGACUUCUUCGCCUACAACUACUACUCCAGCCGGCUGGUCGACCUGGACCGGGCGGAGUACAAUGCGGCGGAGCCGCCGGCCUGGCGCCGGGACGCGCGCAUCCUGCAGUCGGUCGACCCGGCCUGGAGCCGGGCCAAGUCCACCUGGCUGUACGUGGUGCCGGAGGGCCUGCGGGGCGUACUGAACUGGUUCCGGAGGCGCUACCGCAACCCGACCGUGCUCAUCACCGAGAACGGCUACUCGGACGACGGCCAGCUGGACGAUGCGGCGCGCAUCGACUACUACGCCCGGCACCUGAACGCGCUGCUGACCGCGAUCGUGGUGGACGGGUGCAAUGUGGCCGGCUUCACCGCCUGGAGCAUCAUCGACAACUUUGAAUGGUUGCGCGGGUACAGCGAAAAGUUUGGACUGUUCUACGUCAACUUCAGCGAUCCGCAGCUCCAGCGGGUGCCGAAAGCUUCGGCCGACUUUAUGCGGCGUGUCAUCAGCACCCGCACCAUUCCAGCGCACUAGCCAAAUGGACGGAAGUGGUCUAACGGUUGGGCAAAUAAUUUGAUUUAUUAAGCAUGGCAUCUGCGAUCGAAGCUCCCGCACGCGACUCUAUUUGCUCAAAUUAGUUCGCGCUCAAAUUGCACUUGAAGAGCAUCAGUGUUGUGUUGCGUUUCACCGCUACGAUUUGGGCCGAGUUUCAGCAUAAUAGACAAAUCAGUAAAUUUUGUAGAAUUAUGACUGCGACCAUAUGGUUUGAUGUGCGUAUAUUGCAGGGUUUACAAAUAAUAGAAGAUAGAAGAUUAAUAAAUGAUUCAGCUCUAAACGCUCUCGAACAAAUACCUCUCUAAACAAGUAAAAUCUCGCAUAUAGUGCGAUAUCAUUUGUGUCUCAUGAUACAUUUUCUGCAGCUGCGAAAUUAAGUGCACAGUUGUUAUCAUUGGGCAUUUUUUUUUUUCAAUUUUGAACAUCGCACUUUCAAACGAAAGGUUUGAUACUAAAAAACCGUUUGAUAUGAAGCUAUUGCAAGGAGGAAAAGUAGCGUAAAACUGUGCACAAGUGUCUGGUAUGUUAACGAGUGUUGCCUAAAUUUAAUCAAUGCAUUUUCGGCCAAUUUCUGUCACUUGGAGGAGCAGUGAAGUAACAAAUUUACAAUUUUUAUGAAACAGGCUUAUUUCGGAGAUAAUCCCUAAACAUCUAGCAGGAAAUGUCUAGCUAGUGCAUACUAAACUCUUCCUGGACACAAGCAAAUAUGUUCGUCUUAUUUCCGUAAGCCUCAUCCGGAUGAACCUGUGGCUCGGCACGCAAAUCACGCGAACAAAACGAUGGAGUUUGGCUAUUUUAAGACAAAUAAAAAAAAAACAUUGCGUUUCAUUGCGUUGCCUCACCUAGUUUAUAUUGAUUAAAUGCAAUUAAAAAUUAUCGAAUAAUUUUGGAAAAAACACACGUUUUCCAAUGCGUUUGAACAAAGUUUUGGAUGAAGAAAACAAAAUUCUACGAAUGAUGAGCCGCACCUUUUAUAAUAGAACUGUCUUGCAUUGAACCAAGAGCAUACACAUUUAAUCUGGCAGCCAUUUGAAUUUUUGCCACUGUCCCACAUUAAAUUUGCCAUUCAGGUUAGGUAUGGUAAGAGGAAAACAGCUUUCGGAACACGAAAUAGGUCAAAUAGAUGAUUACCCUGCACUUGGAAAAUCGAAUUACGAAAUCGGUGUACUUAUUCCAAGAUCUGCGAAUGUUAUUAACAAUUAUCUCAAUGAUCCAAGUGCAUAUAGGCAAAGGCAGUCAUCGGGGCGUCCAGAAAAAAAACUAUCCGUGAGAGAUGAACGAAGAAUAAUUAAGGCAGCUUCUAACUCAGCAAAAGGAUGUCUGAGAAUCACACGAGAACUAGGAUUAAAUGCAAGCAAAACAACAGGGAACAGAGGAAAGUUCCCCAUCUAAAACUGCAUCACAAAACCACCAGAUUAGAACUUGCUGCCGAACAUAUGACGUGGAAAAGUGAAUGUAAUGACGUGAGUUCUCGUGAUGUUGUAUUUAACAUAUUUUAAACUAGAUAUUGAUUGUAGGUCAUUUGGAGUGAUGCAAAAAAGUUCAAUCUUUAUGGACCAGACGACUGGCGAACUGGUUUGCGACAUGAAGUACGGUAUUUUUCAACACGCAAUUUUGGAGGUGAUUAUGUAAUGAUAUGGGGUGCAUUUAGCAGCCAUCGAAAGUAUGAUUUGGCAAUUGUUCCAAUAUGGAUGGACAGUGCAUAAGUACAUCCAUAUCAUAGGCAAUCAUUUGAAAUCUGCAUUUGAACAUAUACAACAACAACCAGUUGAUAUUCCAACAAGAAAACGCUUCCGUACAUGCCAGUAAGAAAAUAAAGGAUUUCAGUUUCUUCUGACCUAAA